GUCACAACUGCCUUAGUACAAUGAUGGCUAUGUGCGAAUGCCGAAAAAAAGUCGACCUCAAAAGACCACCGAUCUACAAUGACUCCAAAUACCAAGAAUCAAGACAAUUUAUGGUCGUGGGACCUCAGCCCUGACUUUAUUUAUUUUCAAGAGCGCCACAGCAUGCGCCUAGACCGACUGAUGGAAUCAACUCUUGAUAGAACAAAAACCAUUACGAGAACUAACGAGGACGAGGCUGAUCCAGAUUAUGCAUGUGUUAGAUUUGUUCAUGUCUCAUCAUUCAUCCCAAUUUUCAUGCUUAUACCCAUCAUAUCUCCGUCAUCCAAUUGUUUUAUUCCUGUAAUUGAAUUGAGUAUAUGGAUUCCAGGAGCAUUCAAUUCUGGCUGAUCAAGCAUGCCCGCGUUUUGUUCAUUGCUAUCGCAUUUUCAUAUUUUAUUCCUCUAAAUCUGUACAUAUAUUAUGCAUUCAUAUCUAUGUAUACUGUUCAGUUUAUUUAUCAAAGUACUUAGUGAUUUUACCGGCAGUUAUUUCAAGUUAUCUCGUCAUACUGUCGC